UCAUUCGCGUCUCUUUCAUUUUCAUGUCUGAUGUCAAAAAAUAUUGAUGAAAAGCAAAAGUGCGUGAAAGAAAACACUGUGAUUGUGUACUAGAUUAAGUUUGCAUUUAAAUUACAUUUGUAUUUUGUAUUAUACAACUAUAGGAAAAGCAGUCAAUGGUAUUGACUUUUUUCGGAUGCUGUCGCGAUGAAUGUGGAUUUUAUUGAGGGAGGGAAUUAUACAGCUGCCGAAAAUACUUUUGUCCUUGAGAAACCUGUCACCAGAUUUUUAGAAAUGUCGGGGUCCUCCAAUAGCAGUAGUUUUAGAUGUUAUGAAGACUCUUCAAAAACUCAUUCUAAGAAAGCAGUAGUAUUUCUACCGUACAGUGAGUAUUGUACGGACCACAAAGAUUUAUUUUUACACGAAGAUGAUAAACUAGUGAAGCCAGGUGACAAGUUUAAAUCUCAUGACGAUUUUGUUCAGUACUUGAACGAGCACGCAAAGAGAUGGUGUUUCUACUACAGAUGUACGGAUUCACGCAGGCCCAAUACGGAUCAGGAAUCUUAUACGUACAAUUGUGUUUACUUAAGAAAUAAGGAGAAGUAUAAGAAGAAGGGUUUGAGAAAGAGAAACAGCAAUAACAUGAAGACUGAUUGCCCUUGCAAAAUAAAAUUAAGGCACCUUCCCAAUGAGGAUGAACUUACUGUAGUCUAUGUAUGUAAUCAUCAUGAUCAUGAAUUGUCUUUAGACAAUUUCUACAAGCUUCAGCAUGGUCGUCGGUUACCACCAUACGUGAAGGAAGAGAUAAAAGAUUUCCUUCAACUAAAAGUCGACAUAAUGAAGAUCAGAUCGUACGUCGAAAUGGAGACAGGUUUCACGAUGAGUCGCCCGUUUUUCUAUACUUUAGAAAAGAACCUGAAGAGUAGAAAUAUAAAGAGACAUAUUUCCGAACAGAGGUUGAAUAUGUUGAAACAAAAGAUUGCAGCUGUUGACGAAAUGUAUGGCUAUAAUGAGGAGUAUAUUGAAGAAGAAGAUAAUGGAGAGGACGAAAUGGGAACAAGCAAGAAAAAGCAUCAAUUACUGUUAAAGAACGCAGAAAAGGCUAUGCGUACUCCAUCAUUAAAAAGGCGAUCAAAAACAAAUGAAGAUAAAUCUAAAAGGAUUAAAACAGAAGAACAUUCGGACAGUAAUGAAACAAUGGAGAGUGUAAAGCAUUUGCAGGAAUCUGUUGAAGAAGAAGAAAGCACCUGGAUUGCAGAUCAAUGCGUACCUAACAGCAGGACUGAAACUGAAGAAACUAUGCACAUUGAAGCAAUAGAGAAUUUACCAGAAGACGCGCUAUUACUGGUACAAAGUGAUAACGAAAAUUAUAGUUAUACUAUAGAAUAUUUCCCAGACGAAAGUAACAAUGAAGAAGUCGUUACUAAUGAGUUCGGCGAAGGUAUUGACGACAGCCAAGUGACUGAAGUCCAUGAAAAUGAUAUUGAUAACAUUGCUUAUGAAACAGUUGUUUCUGAUGCGGUAGAAGAAAGUCAGUCUGAAGUGCCUGAGUAUUUAGAAGACGAACAAACUAUGGAGGAAUUUACUGAAAUGCAAAUAAUAGCUCAGGAACAUGCUGUAGAAGACGAAAGUCAAGUUCAUGAUGGUGAAUUAGAAAAUCAAGUACAGUAUAUUGCUGGAGUUGUAGAAAAUAAUGAAAAUGUACAAUAUGUGUCUGGUGAAGUAAAUGAUGAUGGUACUCAGAAUAUUACAGUGCAAGCAGCAGAGAAUUCUGGAACUACUCAUUCACUGCUACCGGUUUUCGAUGUGUAUAUGAAAGAUGGUAAUGUUACGGGUUUUCUUGUCAAUGAUAAUUUGAUUGCUGGACUUAAAGAAGGCGUGCAUAAAGAAAUUCAAACUUCUGCGGAAGAGUUGGCUAGUAACUCACAAGAAGCCGGUAAAGCUGAUGGCGAAGGCCAAGUUAUCCCAGAUCUUACUCAAACUAAAUCCGGUGACAUAUACACCAAACACGAAUACGUACAUAAAUACAACAUAGACAAAUACAUGGUGCAGCCCCACUUCCCAAAAUACAUUGAAACCCUUGCAAAAGAAACCUACAUGGACGUACUACAAAUGUUCACGAACAUAUAUAACGAGAAAGCAAUGUUUAAAAUUACUACGACACAGAAAGGUAAAGAAGGGAACACAAGAAUAUGGUACAUAAAAGAUACGCAUCGAACAAAGAAACAAAGACAAGACGAAACUCAUAAAGAGAAGUUGGGACAGAAUCUGCAAUGUAUAUUUUUAUUGAAGGAAAAGUUACGAUACCUGAAGAAAAAGAACAGUGAAUUAAUAAUAAAGAAUAAGCAAUUAGAAGAAGUAGCUUUAAGGCUGGUGCGGGACGAUGUUGUUAGUUAUGCUUCUGUCAGAGAUUAAUUAAUAGCUAGAAUAUUGUUACCUUAUAUUUUUACAUUCGAGAGGACUUUAAUAUUAUAAGAGUUACUCAAAUGUUGUUCUAUUCCUUGUCGGGUUGGGUUGCAAUGCAAUAUAUCAAACCUUAUACUUAAAUAGAGUAGAGCUGUUCUCUGGACAAAAAAAUGCCUUAAAAUGGUUCUUGGGCCAAGCACACAACCCUGUGGCAUACCUCUUUAAGAAAACAGUCUGAUACAAUCUUGCUCCACUCCCACCGCCAAUUUAAGCUUCUAAGCAAUAUUUGCCUCCUACAUAAGCGAAGUUGGUUGAAAGACAAUCAUUUGCACUUGUUUUUUUUUCUUAUUCCGUGCCAUCAUGAGUCAUGUUUUACACAAUCGAAGGCUUUAUUAAAAACACAAAUAGGUAUGUAAGUUACUAUAAAGUAGUGUAUUUUAGAAAUUAUAGGUACUUAUUUCGUGAAAUCAAAACUGCCAGAAUUAGGUUAGGGCCACUUCUCUUUUAUGUGGACGUGGAAUGUCUAAAAUAUACCUACACUUGCUGAAAAGAUGAGGCAUGCAAGCAAAAGAAACAUUUUGCUGUCUUCAAAAUAUCGCUCUGCCUACUUUAUUCGUUACUUUUACUCCACGGCGCGAGUUGAAGGUAUGUAUUUGGAGAUGGUUGGUAUCUCUAAUAAAUAAAUAAAAGAUAGAAUGUUAAUAAAUAAGUGGACUUGAACAAACUGAGAACUGGAUCGUAGAGUAUCGAGUAUCCAAUGGAUCAAACCAGAAAUGAAAAGUACAAAUUUUUUAACCAAAUGGGAACAGAUAAGUCGAUGUUGUUUUUAAACUUCUUGUGCAAUGUUGCGAUGCUUACAGAGUUUUAAUUUUACAGAAUCUUAUAAUAAAAAUAAUACUAGAGAAUUUUAAA